GGUUUCCCUGGUUCGUUACCAUGUUAUCUCUAUCGAUUGCAGGAUCUCCUUUAUCGUCGCCUGCGAUGUCUUGCCAACUACGAAGCAGCGAACAAGAACCUCGAACGUGCACGUGGACGGAACAAGGAUAUUCAAAAGGCUGAAACCGAGCAGCAAGAGGCCUGCAAGAAAUUCGAGGACAUCAGCGCUUUAGCGAAGACCGAACUGAAGGAUCUGAAAAAGCGCCGAGUGUUGGCUUUCAAGAAAAAUCUUGCCGAUCUUGCUGAUCUUGAGAUUAAACAUGCGAAGGUAUGA